GGCCUGAACACCUUAACUACAGAGUCGUAACCGCAAACGUUGUUCUGCGAUACCACUAAGUUCUUCUGAGUAACGGAAACACGCCUCUCGUUGGGAUGAGCUGUAGUGACUCAGGACCUGCGACAGACGCGAUUAUGUUAAGAUAGCACUAUCCUAACCUCUUCCCACGAUGGCCUGCGAAAGUUUAGAGGACAAGUUUCCUGGCCUCAAGGCCGACUGCCCUCAUCUUCAUUCCUCUUGCGCGUGUACGAAAAACUGCGGCAGCUGCAGGUUCUUCUUCGGAUUCUUUGUUGUCUCGCUGUCGUUACACGUGAUCACGCUGUCCUGCUUUCUCGAUCUUCGGUCUGAAGUCAAACGCGAGCUCUCGCAAACUAAAAGGCAGCCGAUGUUCAACGCUGUCGCUGAAGAUAUGAGGAGACCCAGCGUUCCAGCAGACCCAGAAGUAAACGCCAACGAUUUACUCUUCAGCUCUAAUGCAGAGAUACCAUUACGAAUGCAUGAUUUCAUUCACCUCACAGAAGAAAACAGAAAUGUUCUCUGGAGAACAAAAAGGGCAGCCAAAGAAUCAGAAAAAAGGGAAAAACGGAAAAAAGUCAAGAAAAGAUUGCCAGGUGCACCUGGUCCUCCUGGGCCUCCAGGCCCUCCAGGGCCACAGGGCCCUCCUGGUAUUCCAGGGAUUCCUGGUAUUCCUGGAAGAAAUGAUUUAGGCCCUGCAGGGCCACCUGGACCCCCAGGACCAAGGGGCCCUCCAGGGCCACAAGGGCCAGCAGGAGCUGUUGACAGAACAAAGUCAAGGGAGUUCCAGCCUGCUGUUGUACACUUGCAAGGUCAGGAGACAACAAUACUAGUGAGAGAAGAUCUUCCAGAGGGCGUGCUGAAAAACUGGAAAAUGGUCUCCGUGCACCACAAGGUUUUCAAGAUGCACUCCCGCUCUGGAGAGCUAGAGGUGCUCAUGGAUGGCACCUACUUCAUCUAUAGUCAGGUAGAAAUCUACUAUCUGAACUUCACGGACAUAGCCAGCUACGAGGUGCUGGUGGAUCGCGUGCCCUUCCUGCGCUGCACGUGCAGCAUUGAGACUGGCCAGCGCAAGUUCAACACGUGUUACACAGCUGGCGUGAGCGUUCUCCACGCCCACCAGCGCAUCUCCAUCCGCAUAGUUUAUGAUGACUCGCUAAUCAGCAUGACUGAUCACGCCACUUUCCUGGGCAGUGUGAGACUGGGAGAUGCGCCUUCUUCUGGUCUCUCAUAAACAGAGAACAUUCUUGCCCCCAUGUAUACUCCACCACUCAAUAUACAUUCACACACAUUUGCACUAAAAAAAAUUAUCAUAUUAGGCCUAUACCUAGUAAUACUGCUUUUAUUAGUGUUUUCAAAGUAACAGAUCAGUUUAUGGAAAUCAUCCAUUUCUUGAUGUACAUAAAAUUAUUUUCUCAAUGUAUAUAUGUACAUAAAAUAGAAAAUACUUUUUUUGUAAAUUGAUUCAGGUACAAUAAAUACUCUAAUUUGUAAUCUAUUUUGUGUGGACUGCAGUUUUCAUAUUUUAGUAUGACAAUAUCUGACUCAAGGAUUUAUUAAACAGACAAAGAGAUUCUGUGGCUCUGUGGAGAUUUGAGAGAACCACACAGUGUGGACCAAACUUGGCCAAGCUACUAACAGGCAUUUGCUGUUAAGAGGCCAUGAAAUGAAACAUGGCUCCAGUGCCUCAUUUUUUUUCUUUCCCCUUCUUCUCAUGCUCUCAUAUUCACAUUUUAUUUUGUAUGCUGAAUUACUUGAAUUUAUGGUUAGUGACUGACACAAACACUAACAAGCUCAAACAAAUCCUGUAUGAUUAAACAAACCCUUGGCUGCUCCAUAUAUUUGACCACUGUUAUACAACUUGACUGGUUUAUUGUAUAAAUGAACAAUUACUUGAUGGAGAACGUUGUAAACUUAGUUCCAGUGGUAUCCUAGUACAUAGUUAAAAACUUGACUCCAACAACACAAGCGAGUAAGUUUUUUUUUUUUCUUCGUAUUUAACAAGUUCCUCAUUUGCAGUCUAUUUUUAAAAUUUCCUGUGAGAGUAAC